CAGGACCCUGAAUUCACUAUAUCUGGUCUCCCCGGACCCUGCAUUCACUAUAUCUGGUCUCCCACAGACCCUGCAUUCACUAUAUCUGGUUUCCCACAGUACACAGAAAAUGAAAAUGCAAUUAUUUUAGUAAAUAUAAACUAAAUACCUCCUCAGCAGUUAGAGUAGUCUUUUGAUUUCUAUCAAUGUUUAGCAAAGCACUGGUUAAAGCUUGUAGGAGGAGUUUUCUUUCUGCUCUAG